UCACUUCCGCUAGAUUCAAACACUACAUUCGGCACACAAGUCGACUAGCAAAGGUGGGAGGAAUAGAGCUUUGGAAGUGUAUUAUAUGGAAAUUUAGCCGAUUCUCUGUGUCAUAUCUGGCAGAUGGGCUUCGAAAGAGGGAGUAGAGGACUCCAGUGAAAAAAAAUUGGCGUAUGUUGUCCUUUGUCUUGCCUUAACCCACGUAUUCCUCAUUCAAAUCACUCAUCUCGCAAUACAAAGGCACAAAUCCCGAAGUUGGCUGAAGUCGACUGCUAGCAUGGGCAGUAAUUUGUGCUUUAUUUUAGUCCUUCUCUUGGGUUAUUCUCUCGCCUUGAACGAACAUUGUGAUAAAGAAGACUGCGACUCGUCUGAUACUGCAGAUGAUGUGAAGCCUUUUGGUGCUCACAGACCAUCAGACUUCUCCAUUCCAACACUGAAGUAUUCCCCGAGUGGUUCAGAUUUUUAUCAUCGUUAUGUCCAUGGAAGACAACCUGUUGUCAUAAGAGGCGCCGCCAAUCAUUGGCCUGCCAAGGAAAAAUGGAAAAAUGAGACGUAUCUCAGACAGAAAUCAGGCACAGAAGCAUUCACUGUAGACACAAGAAAGAAAUUUGAUGGAAAGGUUUCUGUAAGAAAACCUCUUACCAUAUCAGAAUUCCUGGAUAUUUACAAGACUGAACCAGUUUAUUUAGAUUCACCAUUCCCACCCAGCAAGUUGUUGCAUGAUCUUUAUUUGCCUCCGAUUUUGAAUUGUGAGGAACUCUCUUCAACAAUCUCCCAGAUGACCUUGCUGUUUAGCAAUGGAAACACAACGUCAGCUUUUCAUCAUGAUGGCUAUGAUAAUGUUAUUGUCUUGCUGUCAGGCACAAAGCACUUCAUUUUGAUUGACAGCAAGUAUUCUGAUGACGUAUAUGCUGAUGAUGCCAAGUUAUUUCCUGGAGUCCUCCCUUUUGACCCAGAGAAGAUUGAUUUCAAGGCUUUUCCAAAGUUGGCUAAAGUGCCAUUCUAUGAGAUUACUUUGUAUGAAGGUGAUAUGAUAUAUAUCCCGCAAUACUGGUGGCAUAUAGUCCGUUCAUAUGGUUCACCCAACAUUGCUGUCAAUUCUUGGUUUGGGAUGUUUGAGUUUGAUUCAGAGUAUCAAGAUGCUGGUUUGCAAGAGGAUGUCGAUAUUGCAAAGGUCUCGCUGCUGUACGAUACCCUGGUCAAGAAACAGCCUGACACGAUCAAGUGUUCGAUUUCUAAUAAGCCCCUCAACUCCAUCUUGAAGAUCAACACCAGCGAUCCAGCCUUAGGCCACCUGAGAAUACCCCGGAAGAACGAGCGGCCCGCUGACGUUCUCUUGGCCAGCGGCUAUACUAUGCCGGUCAUGGGGUUUGGAACUGCGACUCUGGGAGAAGACACACUGUCGGUGGUCAAGACUGCGCUCGAAACGGGUUACAGGUUGAUAGACACUGCUCAAGGGUACCCUUUGUCGGAGCCCCAAGUGGCCAAAGCCAUCGCAGACAGCGGUAUUCCACGCAAGGAUAUCUUCAUAAUCACCAAGUUGCACCCUCGCUAUCUCGGCUACGAACCCACUCUGAAGUCUGUGGAAAUGUCUUUAAGAGCGCUCAGUACAGAUUACAUCGACUUGUUCUUGAUUCACUCAAAGACGUGUGACGACUUUCUUCUAACCUGCGCUGAAGGUGAGCCCAGGGGUACAUGGAAAGAGAGUUGGAAAGCGAUGGAAGAGCUCCACCGACAGGGAAAGAUACGAAGCCUUGGUGUCAGCAACUUUAAUGUCGACGAACUACAGGAAUUGGUCAAUUUCGCUACGGUUCCGGUUUCCGCCGUCCAAAACUGGUUUGACCCGUUCCACCAGGAUCGCAAGGCCAGACGUUUCUGCAAUAAGCAUGGCAUCAGAUACAUUGGAUACUCGACACUCGGAACACAAUGGGUUUACUUUCACGGGCUUAAGACAAACCCUGUUCUGCAGUCCAAGGUGUUCUCCGAGAUUUCAUCGCACUACGAGUAUGUCAUCUCACAGGUUGUCCUUCGUUGGGCGAUACAUCAGAAUGUCACGGUGAUUCCCCGUUCACGCAACUCUCGUAACAUCUAUCUUAACUUCCGGUCGCUAGACUUGUCGCUGAAUGAGAAUGAGAUCGAAAUGAUUACUAACGUGACAGAUUACGAGUUCCACCCGCUUGAGAGGCUUGACCGAGGUGAAGGAGAAUGUGUAGACCUGGAGGCGGAUUGCCCACAAAAGGCUGAGGCCGGACAGUGUAAAGAGCAGGCGGAUUUGAUGCUGAGAAACUGCAAGAAGAGUUGUAAACUUUGCGUGGUGGAAGAUCCGCGGUCUUACGAGCCGUUGCUGUAUAUUGGCUCUGAAGACGGUAACCUGUACGCCAUAGGCGUUCUCUACGGCGACCAGCGGUGGAAAUUCACCACAGACGGCAAAAUCCUGUCCAGCCCUGCGCUAAGCACAGACGGAGAAACGGCUGUUAUCUUUGGCUCUAAUGACGGGCGCAUUUACGCCCUCUCUCCUAGCUCAGGCAAGCUCUUGUGGAACUUCCAGACCGGUGGGGGCGUUGUUGCAGGUCCUGUGAUUACAGCCAAUGGGAUCGUGUAUGUAGGAUCACAUGACCAUCAGUUGUACGCCCUGGACGCUGUUAGUGGAGCCCUUCACUGGAAGACGUCCCUCACAGGACCCAUUUAUGCGAGGGUUGCUGUUGACGAGACUCAAGGCACGUUAUUUGUCGGGUGCGCCGCUGAUGAUAGUGCGAGGAUACUGACGUUAUCUAGUAAGGAUGGGAGUGUGUUGUGGAAGUUCGCUGAUGCUGGGAAGAUAUUCGCUAAUCCUGUGCUAAGUGCUGAUAAGAAGACCGUGUAUUUUUGCUCUCUUGACCGCCAUGUUUACGCCCUGGAGUCCAAAUCUGGAAAUCUUCUCUGGUCCUUGGACACACAAUCCGAGAUCGAAUCCGCGCCCGUGAUCAGUAAAUCCGACGGCACACUGUUCGUAGGAUUGGUCAGCGGUAACCUCCUAGCUGUGAAUACUCUUCCAGGCCCCCUGAUGGGCACGGUCAAGUGGACGUUGAAGGCUGGUGACGAGGCUGUUUUCUCACCUGCUCUCAGUGAAGAUAGCAGGUUAUUUGUAGGCGUUGGAGACAGGAGAAUUCUAGCUGUCAAUGAAACCACCGGCGACAUCCUGUGGUCUUCCUCCUUUAUGAAAGAUUACGUGUCCUCCCCUCUGGGGGUGGGAAGGGAUAAUGUGGUCUACGCUGCGAGUAGAGAUAGUCACGUGUACGCGCUUAAUGGAGAGGACGGGUUGGUCAUAUGGAAAUACGCCACUAACGGCACCUUGAGUCUAUCGGCACCAGCUCUUCCCCAGCAUUAUAGAAUGGAUAUAGGAUAAAGGAUCUAGGGUAAGACUAGUUGCAUUUGAGGAUUAUAAAGUUAAACUAAUGAGCGAUUGGGAAGAUGUUAUGUCUUUGCCAUGGUCCAUUUACCAAUUUCAUCCUCAGGUCUUCUUGGUCGAAAAAUUCGUUGCUCAGGCUGUUCCAGGCGAUUCUCCGCCAUAUUGAAAUCGACCCUUCAUUUUGAAUAUUUCGACUAAAAAACCCGUGGGGAAGAAAGUGGCCGUAAUAUUUUAGAUUAUUGCUGGCGGCCAUCCAUUUAAGUUCCGCCCAAGGAACAUUUUAUUUAUUCAAAUUGCAAACCAUUUAGUCUAGCUACUAUGCUUAAAGUAGGUUUGUGAAUGAAGCAUUGAGUAGUUUCUGUACGAAAGAAAAAACAUCCACUUCUUCAUUCAAGGGAAUAUUUUAAACUGCAAUUAAUUUUCUUUGGCAUUAGAAAUAUUUACAUUGAUUACAAUAUUUAUUUUGUCCACCAAGUGGAGAAAUUUUUAUUAUUAUAACCAGAAAGGUAUGCAUUAUGAGGUAACGUGAACUAUCCAAUUAAAAUGACAAGAUAAACAUA